GACGCCCUGUUAAAAACCCGCCCCCUGCAUGACGCCUUCGCCGCCGUACCCGCCACGCUACCCUUCUCGCACGCACGCAAUGAUGGCGUGCUCCACUGUUGCUGGCAUUUUUGUUUACCGUUUUUAAACACCGAACAUGACAAUAAUAUACUUAUGACUUCUAGCUUCCUAGCACCUACGAUUAAGGACUUUAACAAUGUCUGGCACUAAACAUGACUAGAUAUGAUACAGAGCAAUAGUGUUACUACAAUGUGGCCAUUAUUUGGUUUCGGUUACAUUUCUUCCACAACUCUUUUUCCUAAUUUUCCAUUCAAACAGAUACUCGUUCUAGGCAAGAAAAAAUAUACAUUGUUGUGAGUUUCAAAACUCUAGCAUGCAAAUCUACAACUAUAUCUUAUUGACCUGGGAUUUUGAUUAGCCCUCGUGAAAACUAUCUUUGGUCUGAGCAUUUCAAAUUCUAUGACUGGUCUUCAAUUCAUGUUUUUCGCGUUCGACCUUACAAACGCGUUACAUGUGACAUCGACCAGCCAAAACGGAUAUUUACAGGACCAUGAUGAUGUCUGCAACUCACAGACGCUUCGUUUAUCUAACUUCGGGCUACUUACGCCCGAUUAAUCCAGAUGAAAACAUAUUGACUGAAAACAGUGUGAACAACUUCUCCACAGAAUUUUCAUUCAUUGUGCAGAUUACAUUACAAAACGAAGCGUAGAUAACAGCAACAAUUAUUUUAAAUCAGCACCUAUUCUCGUGUUGUAAACCGUUUAGCUUCAUAAGAACUGCCAAACUUUUCAAUUUCAAUUUUUAAUUAAGAAGAGUGAACCGACCGCAGUUGCCUAGUCUUCACAGCUGAGCGUAGGUAUGGCGGUGCCCUCGAAAAGUGCUCUAUCUCUUCUGAAAGACUAUGAUGGUAGUGAAAGUAGUGAAGAAGAAGUAACAGAAACAAGUAGUUCAAGGAAAAGGCCGGCUUCAAAACAAUGGUUACCGAGUAACCAUAAAAAAUCAAACAUUUCUGGUGUUGAAAGGUUGCCAUUACCUUCGCUUCUGAAAUUAUCUCAGGAUUCACAAGAUCCUCUCACAAAUGAUCCUGAGCUACAUGAUGGACGCAUUCGUUCUUUUCCACAUGAGAGAGGAAACUGGGCAACCUACAUCUAUAUUCCAUAUAAAAUGACACCAUCAGUGGAGGCAUUUAUGGACGUUGUUGUGUCACGUUUGACAAACUUCAAUCUAAAACCUGUUUCUGACUUUCACAUUAGUCUUACAAAAACAGUUAUUCUUAGACAUCAUUGGAUUGACUUGUUUGUUAAAUCAGUUCAGGAACGCACGAAAGCAAUUCCAAGAUACAUACAAGGAUAG